CCCGUGGUCCCUGUAGGCAAGCGCUUAGUUACAAGAAAGCACACCAAGUUUGUAGUGUAAGGAGAACAGCAGCACGCUGAACUGGUGCCGCAUGGUACAGCCGGGUGUAUACCUCGCCUCAGCAAUAUGUCGGCAUCAAACAAUCUGCGCGAUAAAGUCGUGGACCUUAUCAACAAAGCCAAGGUGGAAGACAAGGAGCAAAAAUUACACCUCCUAGCCCAGGUGAAGGAGAUUUGCUUCAACCGCGACAAAACGUUGCUGCCGGAGGUGAUCCCAAUGGUAGCCGAGUUUCAGACGGACUUCAACGUGAAUUGUCGCAAGUUCGUGGCAUCGUUCCUGCGAGAGGUAGUGAGAUCGCACCCGGAGCACGUGGGUCUGGUGGUCCCCGUGGCGUCCUUUCUCAUGCACGACAGCAACACCAGCGUCAAGAAGGUGGCUGUUCUCCUGGCGAACACGACGUACAGACCUGCUUUGCAGCGAUUGGUGGACAACGGCAGCGUGAAAGGUGCUCAGCAGGACUGGUCGGUGCUGGAAGGGCUUAGGAAAGCGGUGCUCAACACCAUCAACUCAGGCCCCGCGGACAUUUCCAUGGUGGCCAUCAAGUUUGCGGAGAGCGUCGUCCUCGCGUGCGUCGGGGGGCGUGGGCUAGGCCCCACGGCCUCCCGCGGGGGGGACAAGUCUGUUCAGCGAGACCUAAGCCCCUCGCACCCCUUCCUCCUCGCUGACACCCUCGAUCAAGCCGGCCAUGCUCUGGCGAGACAGAUGGUAGGAUGGCUAGGCAACGGCGGCGGUGCGGCGUCAGCGGCGGCGUCAGCGGCGGGGGUGGGGGGGUCGAGCUUUGGGGCGCAGCACUAUUCCGUCCUGAUAAACGCGCUGCAGAACCUGGCCACCAAUCGCGCCGCCUUGUUCGCCGACAUCGUCCCGGCCUUGGCUGCGGCACUGGAGAGCGUCAACGGCGGGGGGGCGGCGGCCGCGGCGGACGGUUUGAACAAAUCGGGGGCGGGGGCGGGGGCGGGGGGGGGAGGGGGGCUGCAUGACGCCGCGAGCUCACUCAGGAGUGCCUGUCUCCGGCUGCUCAAAGUCGCCCCCGAAGCGAGCAGGAGCGUGCAGCGGCUGGCGACGGCCGCGGCGUUGUCGGGGUCGGACGGGGAGGCGAAGGCUGCGGUGGACGGUAACUCGACGCUCCGGGGACGAAUAAAGCUCCCCGCCCGUCCGAGGGAACGGCCGAAGGCAGCCCGAGCAGCAGCUUCGCCUUCUCCUCCUCCUCCUCGUCCCCCUCCUCCUCCAGCCCGUGUGGUAGCCCUCACGGCGAGGACCCGACGCGAUGUGGCCGAGCUCGCCGCGUCUUCGGCCUCCAAGGGCAAGAUACCCCACCCGCCGCCGGGCUACAAGCAGAACCGCACGAAGGGCUUCCCUCUCGGUGACCUCGACACCCUCCUAGGCCACGUCUUGAACGCCCUCGGCCCAGAGCUAGCCACGGCUAAGAACCGUCCCCCUCCAGAGGACCGCGGCGGCAGCAGUGGCGCCGAGGACGCGGGGAGCAAAAGGGCGCGGGGAUCGACAUCGGAUGAUGAGGGCGGGGGGAAGAGGAGAUCCGGGAAUGGGAGCGUCAGGGCAGCAUCGGCGCCGGAACGGGGUAGGUCUCCGAUGGAAGUGGACACGGUAGACGAGGGUGGUGGUGCCAAGCAGCCACAGAAAGCUCUUGGGGGAGCGGGGGGGAAGCGUGAGGAGGCGAGGGCGGCGCCCCGGGCGGCGGCGCCCCGGGCGGCGGCGCCCCCGGCGGCGGCAGCGGCGCCUUUCGACCCCGGGCGGGAGGGGUUGGAGACGUCGAAGAAGGCGUUUCGUAGGGUGCUGGGUGUGUGGGAAGGGGUCGCGAUGGAAGGGAAGCGGGGGCUUCACCAGGGGGUGGUCGCACGGCUGGGGAGGAUGCUGGCGGAGUCGGAGACAACCGCGCUAGCGAAAGGGGUGAAGGCCUCCGAAUCGGAGAUGGUAGUUGCGGAGGUGGUCGAGUUCAUGACCAAGGACUACCGGAAACGCUUCAAGGCGGCCUUGGCGCUGCUGACGGACAUGUACGUCGCCGACGUGGCCGCCGCCGCGGCUGCCGCCGCCGCCGCCCAGGUGGCGAAGCAGAAGAAGGGGAAGGCGAUCAGCAGGCGGGCCGCCGCAAAGAAGCCGCCGAGGGGGUUCGACUUGUACGACGGGGCGCUCCUGCGGCUGCUGACCGCAUUGUCGGGGUCGCUGGAGGCGACCUGGCGGCAGAAGCUCUUCACCCAGACCCUGCUCGAGUGCCCGCGAGUUCCGCCGGCGGCGCUGGAGCUGGUGUGCACUCUCUGCGACAUAGCCGCACACCCCCACGACGUGCAGACCGGCCUGGUGGCGCUGAAGGAUCUGAUCUUUCACAAGCCGGCGACGAGGGGGGUGUGCAUCCCCAGCGUCCUCCGCUUCACGUACCACUCGGACGACGACGUCAGGACGAAGGCCGUGCGGUUAGCUUCCAACCUGCUGUGGAAAGACCCGGCUUUUCAGACCACCAUCGAGACCUUCGCCAAGCAGGCCCUCGCCAGCGUGCGUCCUCCAGAGGUGAAGAAGGCGGAGAAGAAGGUGAAAGAAGAAGUCAAGCCACCGGAACCGGUCCCCGAGAAGAGUGAAGAAGCAAACGAGGCGAACUUGCUAGACUUCGAGGGCGAGGAAGAGGAGGAGGAAGAGGAAAAGAAGAUAGAGCCAAAGGACAAGGCCCCCGUGUCUGUCCCCCCACCCGACGCAACCCCCUCCGGCGUCCCGCCAGUGGGCCCGUGGCUGGCGCCGCCAGACACGGCGGCCGCGGCGAGGGUGCGACUAUCCCUGUACUUCGCCCUCUGCGUCAAGUCUCGGCCGAUGCUCUCCGGGCUCCUAGAGGCCUACGUAACCGCCACCCCCGCGGCCAAGGACGGGCUCAAGGCCGAGCUGCCGUUGCUGGCGAGGGCCGCGGCUAAGGGGUUCGGGGAGGCCGGGGUGGUGGAGCUCGUGGCGGCGUCGCCGGUCGGGACCAAGCCGUUGGCCCUGCUGAUGCUGGACCUGCUCGUGCCCAGGGACACGAACAAGCCUUCUCCGGAGAUGGUGGCUGCGGUGCGGCGGCUGCGAGAGACCCGACUUGUCGCGGAAGCCGAAGCGGAAGCGGUGGUGAAGGGGGAGGAGGAGGGUGGCAAGGUGGAUGAGCCUAGUGCCGCAACCGGCGUGGAGUACAUGGUACCAAUACUCGGUGGCUUGGGACGAGAGGGUGUCAUGGCAGAACUGCCAGCCUUGUUGCAGGCUAGCGACGGUGUGAUCCGAGCAGCGUUCAGACGGCUGACACAGCCGGCCAAGGGCGCGACGUACACGCCGGCGGAGCUGGUGGUGGUGCUGAACCAGUCCGAUGCAAGGGUGCCCAUCAAGAACCUCACGCGCGCGCUUUCGCUGUGCCUCGAGAACAAGGCGGUGUACAACUACCCCGUGCUGCGCGAGGCCCUGAACAUGAUGUCGCAAGUCCCGACCGCCGGUCAAAACGGCGGCGUCGUCAAGCAGAUCCCGCUGCUGCUGAUGCGCACCGUCAUGGUCUCGGUCGCGACAUUCCCCGAGCUGAAGAACUUCGUGGCUACGGUGGUGCUGGUGCGCUUGGUUCAGCACCAGGUGUGGACGUCCGACGGUCUCUGGAAAGGGUUUUUGCGGUGCGCCAAGAUGAUGGCCAAGGAGUCGGGGGCGACGUCUUUCAUCGCCAUGGUGCAGCUGCCGGAGAAGAAGUUGAAGGAGGCUCUCGCCAAUCCUCUCAUGAAGGGAUUGAAGGAGCCAUUGCGACGGUAUGCCCAGACGUUGGUCAAGGUAGACCCAGGGGUUAAGGCGGUGCUUGGAAUGGAAACGGGGGCACGAGAAGCUGCCACCAAGAAAUGAGGGGUUCGUUUCGCCAGGGAAUUUUGCGGAUUUUUUUUGCGUUCAACGUUCGUUUAGUAUCGUACGUGUCCUCGCGCACAGACUCUGGUUGAUCAGAUAUUCGAGGCGGAAUCGUUGGAGCUGGGUGCUGCCUAGUGCUGAGGUGUGGUAUCUGGCGUGCUUUAGCCGUUGAACGAUUGCAGGCAGGAGCGUGGGAGAGUUGUUGCCUCUUGUCUGUUGGUCGUGAUGGUUGUUUGUCUCUCGCGUCUCUUUCUUGUGGCCGUCGGGGCCAUGAGGUCGGCUUGGUAUUGGCGAGAGGAGGCACUUUGUUCCCGAUUCAUGUCAAGUGUUGAGCGAGCCACCCCUAAGGCCUUUGCACUCACCAGCUGUCGAAGUGUUUGUUUCACUAAACUUGUCUCGGAAUCGGAGAUAACCAUAGAGAAGGGUCGACGUCAACAUUCGUACGAAUACAACCAGGAUUCAACCGUUCAGC